AUGUUUGUUCGUCAUUCACUCCUUCCAGGUACUACAGUCCGUGCGCUAAACGAUAUUGACUUAUGGUUUUUUCCUUCUCAAGCCUACGACGAAACUAAUUCUUCCCUUUUUUGGCGCAGUAUUUUUAAAAACUUAUCUGGAGAAACACUUGAAGUUAAUUCUCAGGGUUUUUCUGAACAAAAGCAAGCAAGCAUCAAUAAUUCUUGGUGGCCUGCCGAAGUGGUUUUAGUAUCUGGUUACCUUAUUUUGUUAAAGUGGUGUGUACCGGAAACUGCAGGACAUUCAUCUGAAACCAAUAAAUGUCCCGUCUCAGAUACAUCUCAAUGUCCUUCAAAAAAUACGUUUUGGUUUGAUGUUAGAGGUCCAAAUUGGGAUUUUGUGCGACCAAUCGGUUGGUGCCUAUCGAAAAACACCAACUGGACUCCACCAAAUCAGAUCUCGCAUCUCAUUAAUCAAGAGAACUGUUGGCAAAAAACAGAUUGGGCAUCAUGUUUACGGAAUCGUUCUGUGUGCAAUACAUUCUUUGAGAGACGUUGUUUGUACAAUUUCGAAACUAUUCGUGUUGGGGGAUACUUCGAGUGCGAACAUGAUCUAGACCCAACUUGUGUUUGGCCAGCAAAGGUACUCAUGAACAUUGGUGGACGCGUUCUAUUGUCAUGGUUUGGAACAAGUUCGAAAACACAGGCGUGUGAUAAAAGCCGUAAAUUUUCUACAUUCACUUUGUUUUACCUAAAUCGCCGCUUGCAUCCACUUGGUUACGGAAAGUUGUGUGAUCUCAAAUAUCGUCCUCCUCCUGGUUAUAUAUUGGAACGUUCUAUUUCAAAUAUUGAUGCUUUUAUACGUGGCGCUUGUCCAGCUAUUUAUAAUAAUGACCUUUCUAAAUCUGUUGAUUCACUUCCACUCAAGUCAGCAUUCUCUGUCCACAACAAUACACAACCUCUUCAUGAAUUCAAAGUCGGGUGGAAGUUGGAAGCUGUAAAUCCACUUAGACCGUAUUUUGUACAGCCAGCUACGGUUGUUAAGGUAUUCAAUUCACGAUAUUUUCUUGUAGAAUUAGAUGAUUUAAAUCAUAAUGAAAGUGAAUCAACGAAAGACGACAGUAGCAUCACUAAUCCCAAUGUAUUUUCUGAAAAAAUUCAAUUUGUUGCUUAUGCAGGUAUGCCGGAAAUUAUGCCAGUUAAUGAAAGUCAACUACGAGGUAUAUAUUUAUCUCCACCAUCUGGUUGGCCUAUAAAUAGAUAUUUUACAUGGACUAAUUAUCUUACUUAUCUAUCUGCUCAUAAUGGUUAUUUAACUCAUCAAUCUACAUCAUCGAAAGAUAUUAACACUAGUAAUAUAUUUAUUCAAGAGAAAUUUACUAAGAAUACAAUUAGUGUUACUUCAAAUACAACUGUAAAUACAAUACAUUGUACAAAUAAUGUAUCUUCUAAAGAUAUCGAUCCAAUCACUGUUAUCAAUGAUCUACCUAUAUGUCCUUCAGAAUCCAUUUUCAAAGGAACUCAUGCAUUUGAUUCUAUUCAAAAAUUAGAAAAUUCAAGUAAUUCUAGUUCUGAACAAAAUUUCGGUUCAUUAUUACAUUCUGCAAAAAAUUAUCAACCUAAUGAAUUAGAUAUCAAUUAUAAUAAUAAUAAAUCGGAUAGGAAUGAAACAAAUUCCAACAGAUUUUUAUUAGGCAUGAAAUUAGAAAUGAUACCACCACCUGUAUCAUCAUCAUCGAUUCACUUGAAAACGCAUCAUUGUGAUAUUGGACCGGCACUUUGUACAGCUACAGUUACACGAGUUGAAUAUCCUCAUUUGUUAUGGCUUCUACCAGAUAUACCAUGUAUAGAAAGCUUAACUAAUGAUAAUGAUGAUGAUGAUGAUAAAAUAGCUCAUUAUCAACGUAGACCAAUUUUAAUGGAUGCACGAUCUACUGAUUUAUAUCCUGUUGGUUGGUCAGAAUUUGUUGGUCAUCCAUUGAUUCCUCCUAGUGGUUACGAGAUGAUUAAAGAAAACUGUUCAUCAGAAAAACUUUGCAAUAAUGAUGAUGAUGGUGAAGAUGAUGAAAAGUCAGCCACUUCAUUUAAACAAUUAAAUCAAGACUGUUGUAUUCCUGGAGGUUUAAAACCUACACAUGAACUGCAAAGUUAUACUAUACCAUAUAUCAAAGAGGAAAUAUGCCCACCUAUUUAUAUUAAUUCACGUUGUUAUCUUGGUCCUUUCCUAUGUAAAUCUAAUCUAGAUUUGUUGCCUCGUCAGUUCGGUCCUGGUUCAGUAACAAGAGUAAUGCAGUGCCUAGUUACUCGUUUGGUUCGGGCUGCUCAUAAACCUGUGCGCGUGUUACGAAUGUUCGAAGCUGAUUGGGCUACUGGAAUGGCAUCUGUUCUCAACGGUCGCAAAUCAUCAGCGAUAAACAGCAAAGAUUGUGGAACAACUGAAUCAAAUAGUAAUUUUCGAGUACGAAGCACUAUUCAUCCUUCUCUUCAACUGGCUAAACAAGAAGUCAUAGAACAACGUCGUGAAGCUAUGCGUGUAGUUUUAGUUAGUGUGAGAUGUCCUCGACGAGGAAUAAAAAUUGAAGUGCCAGUAGAAGUUUGCUGUCGAACGAGAGCAGUUGAAGAAUAUUGUAGACAGAUCUCCCUAGUUUUCGAAGCAUGUCCACAUCUCCUCAGUCUUGUUCCCCCUCCACCACCGGAAGAGUCAAAGUCAACGUUACCACCAGUUGUCAAUGGAUUGGACACUGAUCGUUUAUUUUUACAGGAAUCAAAUGGAAUAAUCCCUAACUUAAGUGCAGUUCAACCCUCUUUCGAAAAUAUCUCUUUGGUUAACGACUGUCCGUCUUUCUGCAACGUUCGUUUACGUUCGCGCUACUUUGAUCGUCUUCCAGGGUGGAAAAGGCGUUUAACCGCCUUACGCGCAUUUACUGACUCUUUUUGUCCUGAUAGCGAUCAGAAUCGCGUUAUUUCGGGUGCUCCUAACAGUCACGUCACCCGAUCUGCAUCACUGCAAAACAAUCAAAAUUGGGUUAGUAGGCUUGAAUCACAAUCUUUUUCUCAGUCAAAUAAUUGUGAAGUCCCUAAUUCAAGGAACAAUAAUCCUACGAACAGAGCUAAACGAAAGCAACAAAACCACUCACGAAACUCGACGGAAAAUUGUACUGAAAAUGCCUCAAAUGGUUUCAAAAACAAUAACAAAGGGCGUACAAGAUCCAAACGUUCUGUCCGCUCUAAUUUUAUUAAUCCAUCAAGCAAAAGACGUAUCAUCAGUUCAGAUACAAUGAUGGCAAGCCACCAAACACUACCCAUUCGUGAUUCACACAGUCAUCCCGUAUGUACUGUUGCCUUAGAUACCCAGAGAAAUGUACAAACUCCUUCUGUCCAUAACCUUCAGCAUUCAUGGCAUCUGAAUCACUUAUCAACAACACCAUCAAGUUACUGUCUGACUGUACCGAGCAUUCCAAAUUUUUCACACAGUAACAGUGCAAAUUCAGUAAGUCCAGUUACUGCACAACUACCUCCGAAUCAUAUCCUACUAAUGGAGAGGGAUAUUGACUUAUCGCUCUGCAAUAUUCCAAGAGUAAUUUUACCAAGUAAUCCUAUGUUUUGGACACCUGUUGACUUAGCUUCCUACCUUGGCAGUACUGAUUGUCGAGAAAUGUGGCCAUGGCUUGCGGCGGAAGCUGUAGAUGGGCAAGCAUUUAUGUUGUUAACUUUACCAGUCCUGCAUAGACUAGUUGGUUUACGCUGGAAUGAUGCUGUACGUCUUGCACGGCAUGUAAUGUCCGUUAAACAAGCCUUCCUAGAACAGUUCAGUAUGAAUACACAUUUAGGUGAAACAUAUUCGACGGAAACAAGAUAAUGUAAUGUUAUAAUGUACAGUGAUCCGUCAGAAGGUUAAUUCUACACUACAUGAAUAUCCAUGAUUCUAUGUCUCUACCAUUCAGUUAGUCUUUCUAAAACCAGUCUUUUUGUAAAUUUCUCAAUUAAUGUAUUUUGGAAAAAAAAGAAUUAAACUUUUAAUGUGAUUCUCUACAUAUUUAAUGUAUAAUUUCUGUACUUUGAAAAUUCUUGAUGUUUACA